ACACACGAAAUGAAAUUUAUCAUUUGACAGCAAAACGAGCGGCGACCACUUGCAAUACAAUCAUGAGCUCCAAACCUUAUCGUGUUGGUCAAUGGAUUCCUUCCGACCAGAAAAUUCUUGACAAAUGGUUAGACGACUUAAUCGCAGAAGUCAAGACUAAAUACAGCGAUAAGCUAGAGUUAUUGAUGGCUCUUCAUCCACCAGCUGAGAAAGAAGAGAGAGUCGUCAGUGGAAAUCAACUCGCAGUUGCGAAAGGCACAGAGAAAGACCUCGGUCUCCAUUCACCAGUUAAAGAUUUGCUGGAUGCUAUUAUCUCCGACCCCGAGAUCAACAUGUUCUUCCAUCAGAUGUUCUGGCAACAGUACAAGCUCCCAGAUACUUCAGAAGGGACAAAGAUUCCUUGCUGGCAACUGAUGAUUUUUUCAAUCGACUACAUCAUGACAACAGCUCCAAAGUACAACAAAACUGGUUUGGUUGGUUUUCCCAUCAACGUAAUCCUGAACUGGCCGAUGGCUACGACUGCUGGAUUUGCUGCUUUCCUAAACGACAAAGUCAACAGGUUGUUCAAGAAUAUCUUAAACUACUGGGGAAAGUUUCUUUCAAGUUCCGACUCCUGCUAUGUGUUGACUGAUGAUCCUCGUCAUGGUUGGUUUGGUGAAGACGCAAUGGAAGCGAUGCCAAACUUCGUCAAAGAAUUCAAAUGCAAGCCUAAUAAAAAACACCAUGGUUUUACAUCAUGGGAUGAUUUCUUUACCAGAGAGUUCCGCGAUGGCAUUCGUCCAGUAGAAUCUCCAGACGACGAUUCCAUUGUCGCGAAUGCCUGUGAGUCGGCGCCAUAUCAGAUCUCUACAGCCGUGCAACACAGGGACUACUUCUGGAUAAAGCACCAGCGAUACUCCUUAGACUUCAUCCUGAACAUGAGUGACCUUGCCAAGCAGUUCUAUGGUGGUACCGUCUACCAAGCGUUCCUAAGCGCCACCAGUUAUCACCGAUGGCACAGCCCUGUGUCGGGCAUCAUUUACAAGACAGAACUCGUGGAUGGUUCCUAUUAUUCUGCAACCCACAACAUCCGAGAUGACCCUGCAUCGCCCAACAUGUCACAAGGAUACCUGGCCCAGGUAGCUGCCAGAGGUAUUAUCUACAUUCAAGCUGACAAUCCCGCCAUUGGCUUGAUGUGCUUUGUAUCAAUCGGUAUGUCAGAGGUGUCCUCCAACGAAAUCACCGUUACAGAAAAGAAGAGAGUCAAGAAAGGUGAGCAGCUCGGCAUGUUUCACUUUGGUGGGUCCACGCAUCUCCUGAUAUUCCGGCCGGGAGUAAAUAUUGAAUUCGAUACUAGAGGUCAAACGCCAGGUCUGGAUACAAUAAAUAUUCCAGUUAAGUCGAAAAUUGCGACCAUACUUCCAGCAGGCAAAUAGAAACAGUCAGAAUUUUGAUAAACAUUUCACUCAAUGUGGUUUGAGAUGACUUAUACCUUAACACAAUUAGAGGCGAUGAAAUUUAAGUAGAUUUAGAUAUGCACAAAUUUUGGCGCAUCAUUGGUUAGUUGCUUAACGAUUUUUAGAGGGAGAAAACUUCUUGGGUAUAAUGGGUUUAGAUUGGCUAGUUUUUCCUUUAGUGUUUUGCAAAGCAUUUUUUUAAGCUUGUUAUCGCUUUAGCGCAUGAAUUCCAAUACAGCAUAUAUUCAUAUAUACUAGUACGAAUCAUGUAGAGACACCGCUCAAUUCCUGGGUAUUACAUCGACAGGGACUUUGUGCAAAGGCUCGCAGUAUCCAUACGAUUCGGUACCGACUGUAUCAAAACCUUGUUUUCCGUCAGGAAUAAAAGAUAUUCGUUUUAAUUA